UGCUGACGAUGGGAGACGUGGUGGUGGAGGAGCUCGAGGACCUGGUCCACUUCUCCGUGCUGGACCUGCCGGCCCGCGGCUACGGAGUCAUGGAGGAGAUCCGGCGGCAGGGCCGCCUCUGUGACGUCACGCUCAAGGUCGGGGACCACAAGUUCAGCGCUCACCGGAUCGUCCUGGCGGCCUCCAUCCCGUAUUUUCACGCCAUGUUCACCAACGACAUGGUGGAGUGUAAACAGGACGAGAUCCUGAUGCAGGGCAUGGACCCCAGUGCUCUGGAGGCUCUCAUCAACUUCGCCUACAGCGGCCACGUGGCCAUCGACCAACAGAACGUCCAGGCUCUCCUGAUUGGCUCGAGCUUCCUGCAGCUGCAGAACGUCAAAGACGCCUGCUGCUCCUUCCUGCAGGAGAGGUUGCAUCCAAAGAACUGCCUGGGUGUGCGACAGUUUGCAGAGACGAUGAUGUGCACGACGUUAUACGACUCUGCCAACAGCUUCCUCCACCAGCACUUCGUGGAGGUCUCCCUGUCGGAGGAGUUCCUGGGUCUGAGGACGGAGGAGGUUCUGGAGCUGGUGGGCUGUGAUGAGCUCAACGUGAAGGCGGAGGAGCAGGUGUUUGAGGCGGUGCUCACCUGGGUGUACCAUGACCGGGACCGGAGGGAGGCCAUGCUGCCGGAGCUGCUGGGGAGAAUCCGCCUCCCUCUGUGUCGGCCGCAGUUCCUGUCAGACCGAGUCCAGCAGGACGAAGUGAUCCGCUGCUGCCACAAGUGCAGGGAUUUGGUGGACGAAGCCAAAGACUUCCACCUGAUGCCGGAGCGGCGUCCUGGUCUCCCCGCCUUCAAGACCCGGCUGAGGUGCUGCACGUCCAUCACUGGACUAAUCUACGCCGUGGGGGGGCUGAACAGCUCAGGCGACUCCUUAAACGUGGUCGAGGUCUUCGAUCCCGUGGGGAACUUCUGGGAGCGUUGUCAGCCGAUGAGGACGGCCCGCAGCCGAGUGGGCGUGGCCGUCGUUAACGGGCUGCUAUACGCCAUCGGUGGAUACGACGGCCAAUCGCGGCUAAGCACGGUGGAGGUGUACAACCCCGAGACGGACACCUGGACGCAGGUGUCCAGCAUGAACAGCCAGCGCAGCGCCAUGGGAACAGUUGUGAUUGACGGACACAUCUACGUGUGCGGCGGCUACGAUGGGAAGUCCUCCCUGAACUCAGUGGAGUGCUACUCUCCGGAGACCGACAGGUGGACAGUGGUGACAGAGAUGAGUGCGAGCCGUAGCGCGGCUGGCGUGACGGUGUUCGACGGGCGGAUCUUCGUCUCUGGCGGCCACGACGGUCUGCAGAUCUUCAACACGGUGGAGUACUACAACCAUCACACCAACCUCUGGCACCCGGCGCCGGCGAUGCUCAACAAGCGGUGUCGGCACGGCGCGGCGGCGCUGGGAAGCCACAUGUACGUGGCGGGUGGCUACGACGGCUCGGGCUUCCUCAGCGGCGCCGAGGUGUUCAGCUCGGCGUCGGGGCAGUGGAGCCUCCUGGUGGCCAUGAACACGCGGCGCAGCCGGGUGUCGCUGGUCUCCACGGCGGGCCGCCUGUACGCGGUGGGCGGGUACGACGGGCAGUCCAACCUCAGCUCCGUGGAGAUGUACAACCCCGACACCAACCGCUGGACGUUCAUGGCCCCCAUGGUGAGUCACGAGGGCGGGGUGGGCGUGGGCUGCAUCCCGCUGCAGCCCGCCUAAAGCCACCGGCUGCAGUGGAGGACUGACGCAGUGCCGGUGGCGCCUCCCGCGGCAUCCGCCCAGCUUUAUGGGCACAAUGGCCGGACUCGGACCUGGGGCCAAAGCCAGGCCGGCGGUAUUCUGGGAAAAACUGUAGAGCCCGCCUACAGAGGCUACCUGCUAGGGCCCUGCUAUUAGCACGAGUGUGGACUGAUUACAGUUUAUUGAUUUGUACCUGAUCGAAUCGAUCAACGGGGAGUCACAAACAAAGCUGCUGAAUGUCAACAGGAGGACUACUCUGAUCCGUUUUCACUGCACUGCUUCAUCGACCAAAUGAUGGACAGGUAAAGAGGGUGGAGCUGCUCGCAGGUGAGGAGGACGAAGAUGGGAGACGUCCUCGGGAUACCUGCGGCUCAUCCUCAGCACAUCCUGAUGAAGGACGGCUCUACGGCGGUAACUUAUUUAGCACUGGUUGGUACGGCAAGCCACCAGGGUCAGAAAACAUUACUUUAAUGACGUGUCCUAAAAGAAAACAGCAGGAAUAAAACACGUGUCGAGAUCAAAGACCAGCAUCAGACCAGCACCAGUGAAGGCUUUACAGUAUUAAUUGAUCUUUUUUAAAAAAAAAACUCAAAGUGACUUUCUUUGCUACCAGAACAAAUUUUUAUCCGACCCACUAAUAGUGUUUUUCCACAAGUGCCUACUGUACUCAGUCAGACUCGAUUCGCCUUCCCUCGUCUCGACUCAACUUGCCCUUGUUUCUCUUCCAUACCCGGAUCAGAAGUAGGCGGGUUGGACGUACUCGAUUGUGGGACACAGCACUGCUGAAAAGUUUGUUUGUAGCCCUGAUCAGACGUGGACUGAGAAAGUUCUUGAUAUAUUUUCUCAUUCCUCGUCGCCCCAUCUAGCUCUCUCUGAAUAUUUUCCUCAGCCACCAGGUUUAAGGUUGUCUCCACCUCAGAGUUUGACCAGGGAACAGACUUUUGUGCUGCCAUUGUUCUUUGAAUAAAAUGAACAAGAAGCCACGAGUCGCUCUUGAAAUGAUGUCACAUCCUGACUGACCAACCCCCCGACCAAUCAUUGGCAUGUAUUGUGAUGACGUCAGAUACAGCCCGACUCAGCCGCUUAGAACCUCGGCAGAAUAGAUACAGAAAAAGUAUCUACUCGGCACGUUAGACCCCUAGUGGAAAAGCGCAAAGUCGAGUCGAGUCGGGCUGAGUAGGUACUAGUGGAAAAGCGCCAUAAGAUUCAGUUGUCCUGAAAUCACCAAAAAAAUGAAUUUUCAACUCUAAUGAUCGGAAUUUUUAAAGAAAAAAACAUUAUAAUAAGGUUAGAAACAAGGAGCUGCCUCUGUGUUAAACUGACUCCACCUUGGACAAACUCCGUAGCUUCCGUACCGGGCCUCAGCAGCACUAGCACAACUCACAACUAUUGAUGGCUGUCCAUGGUUCCCUAGUUAUAUGGUUGCUUCAUAUUCUUUAAAGGGGACCUAUUAUGGCAUCUAAUACCUAUUUUAAACAGGUCUUUAAAAACAAGCUUUUGAUUGUUUUUGCUAAAUAAAUUAGAAAUUCAGCCUCUGAGCCAUGUCUUUAUCUUCCCAUUCUCUAACCUCAUUAUCUAUGUGGGAUUCUGAGUGGGCGGGGCUAUGAUAAUGAGGCUCUGUGCUGAUUGGCUGCCUGAAUGACGCGAUACACCGCUACGGAAAAAUGGUGGAAGCUCCGGCCGGCGGAGUUAGUUGUGGGCGUGAUUUCACGCAUCGCUCCUGUCGUUACAUAACGACGGGCACAGAAUCUGAACGGCUCGUAGAUCCACAUCACACUGGACGGCUCAUCCGGGCGGCUGUACAGACACUGCAGAAUUUGGUUGCUUUCCUCCUUCUCUGAGUUGGCAGACUGAGGGGAGACCACUUUAUAUAUGUUAAAGCAAGAAAAAACGUGUUUUUCAUAAUAGGUCCCCUUUAAGAGUACGUAAAAAAAAAAAUAUAUAUAUAAUUAUUUACUAAUAACAGCUAAUUAGAGUUAUCAUUACACACACAGAACCAGUCCCAGAUUUCUGGCUUGGCUAUUUGUUUUUAGCUUUACAGCUUAAAAUUGAAUGAAAACUUUUCGUCUUUCUUCCUCGGCACCAAACACUAUUAUUUGUUUUGUCUUAAUUUAAUUGAAGAUAAUUCUGGCACAUCCACUCUUUAAUUUGAUCAAUGCAUUUGAUCAGUGUUUGAAUUGGAUUAUAGUCUCCUGGUGAGAUGGUUAUAUAGAUUUGUGUCAUCUGCGUAGUUAUGGUAAGACAUUUUGUUCUUUUUCAUUAUUUGAGCAAGUGGUACCAUGUCGAUAUUAAACAGAAGCCCCAGAACGGAACCUUGAGGCUGGGUCUGCCAUGAAUGGUUGUAACUGAUGUCUUGUAGUCCGUGGGCUGCUCCCCCGACACCACUCGGAGCAGCCGGCUCCUCGUCCUUAGCUGCCCUCCUGGAUGGUCUCGCCCCUUUCAGUCUGACUGACUCUUCCUGGACUCUGCUGGCUCUGGGGACGUCUGCAGCCAGUAAGAUGACCGUUGGCUUGUUGAGGCUCCAGCAGGUGCUCAGUCGGAGCUCCUCUAGUCAGGCUUUCCGAUGUUUUUUCAGCAGCGAUAACAGAAAUGAGGAUAUUUGGACAGAUUUUAUCAUCAGUUCUCAUCACAAAUUAGCAGUAGGCUAAGCUAAAAUAGCUAACUUGAGGUACCUGAACCAUAGUGGGCGUGUUCCAGCCAGCUACCAGGCCUGCUUGCUCCGCCCAUUUGCUUAUUUGUGGAUUAAGCAGGGUCGGGUGUUCAGACAUCCUAAAAGAGACUUCAGAAGCGCUCUUUAGAAACUCUUGAAGCUCUGGUCACAAGCUGCCCAUGAAGGAGACCCCUCCCAUCCAAUCUCCGGGGAGGGGCCCCCGUUACCUCAGGCCAGGGGGAGGGAACCACUCCUUGAUUUCACUUCUCUUUCCUAGGAGUCUGACUGAAUCCCUCUUAAUCUGACUCGCCCUGUUUCUCCAGAGUACCUAGGAUUAUUCAACAACAAACCCCUCCACCACCUCGGGGUGGGGAUUGGAGGAUUCAGCAGCUGGAUCAGUGCAGCGUCUGCAGUAAUGUGGACUGUACUGGUGUGUUGUGGUGAAGAGAGAGCUGAGACUGUGUUUACAGGUAGAUCUAUGUUCCUGACCUCAUCUAUGAAACUAGAGACUGAAAGAAGCAGAUGGAGGAUACAAGCAGCUGGAAUCAGUUUCCUCUUCAGGGUGACUGGACUCUCCUUUAGAGAUGGGAGAAGAAGUUCAGUCAUCCAGCAGAGACUCUGUAGUGUCACCUCUCCUCCACAGCUGAGCUGGUCGUGGUGUCUCCUGGACGCCUCUCUGGUGAUGUUUCGAUCCAGGACAUGCUGGCGAGAUGUCUCCCUGCCGACUUAACGCCUUGGAGACCUUGUGAAAGAAGGGAGGUCUGAGUUUCUCUGCUUAGCCUGCCUCUAUGACACGAAUCUGGAUAUGGUGAUGGAUGGAUUUCUGCUGAUGCACAACUAUGAAACACGAUUUCUAUCAGCAGAACACAAUCUUAAAUCUGCUUCCUCUGCUGUCCGUAGUAAUCUGGACUUAAAGCUCGUCUAGAUGAGGAUGUAAAGUGAAGCCACACCAUAAUAAGAACGUAAAAUGUCUCAUAACUCUCUUGUGUGAUGGACAGAUACAGAUGAAAGGCUGAAGUCUCUUCACUAACAGUUGUUUCAGUGGGAAAACAAGAACUUAAACUUCAUAAAAAUAGAUAUUUCUGCUUGUUUUAGCAGUUACAAGAGUGACAUUCACAGAGGUUGUAGUUUGUUACUAAAGUAAUGUUUAAUGACCUUGUGGUUUGUGGUAGACGUCCUCCUGAAAGUCCGACUCAGGACGACACACCUGGAAAGCACAAAUGCUUCUGUCAGCUUUUAGUUUCCUUUUCCAAUCUGCAGGCUGAAGCACUGGCAGCUCCAGUAACAACCGAGGUAACAACAGUAGUAACGGCCGUGGUGAUGAUCGUGGUCUUUGCGGCCGGUUAUGACCACCAGUAACGACUGCGGUAACAAGUCACCUCAACCGCAGCCUCAGCCUACGUCCACGCUGGCCGGGUUUUAGGGUUAUUAGGCUUUAGUCUUUGUAUCCUUCGUUCUUUGGCACUUUGGAACGAGAACUGACUAAUGUGGACGUUGACUCACAGACACAAGUGUUACAGCUCAAGUUUUUCACAUCGUUUACAAAAAGACACAUGUAGCAUCCCCGACUGAUGACGGUUGACUCUCAAACUGAUGGUUCACAAUGUUUUUAUUCCUUCGAUGUGAACACACUGCAAACACACCGUAAGAGCUGGGUGACGAACGGCCGGUACACGUCUUCAGGGGGAACCUCCAUGACCGGGGCCGGCGGCUGCGGGACCAUCGCGUGCCUCUUCAUUCUUUACCUGUGAAUCAGAAUAGAAUAGUCUCCAGUCUGCAGUUUCCUUCACGGCCGGAGAUAUAUUUCUUGUACGUCAGAAGUACCGUCAUCAGUCGGAGAUGCUACAACACAAACUAUGUUUUUCUCAACUAAGUUGAGGAAUCUUGCUUCUUUGUCAGUUAGGAUAACUUUUUUGUAAAAUGUCUAUAUUGAGAACUUGCAAGUUUCCACCUUUUGUCCCCAUGAGUUUUAUCUCUGUGUGUAGCUGUAAACUGUCUUCUGGCUUCUGUCCGGUGGCUUUGAAUGCUGGUUUACUUUCUUUUAAAAAGAAAACAAUUUUUAUCCUGUUUUUUUCCCAUUUCUUCAGCCAGUGUUUAGCCCAGGACUUUGUGAGGGUAGCUCACAUUACCUACCCAAGGGAACACGGGGAGAACAUGCAAACUCCACCAACUCUUCUGGUCACUCAUUCUGGGUGGGGUUUUUGUCCUUGAUACCGUGCAUGUUUUCAGUUAUCCUAUCAGAAGCCUCUAAAGCCAAAACAUGGUCAUGAGACCUUCUCCAACUUGUUUGGGGCCCUGGCCAGCAUCGUAGGUGGAAACGUCUGAUUAAGUAGGUCAUAAAACAUUUUACAAAAUGAAAGAAAAUCAAAGAUCCUAACUGACUUAAAAGCGUUUGACUGUCUACGAAAGAAAACUGGUAUUUUUUUGUGAAAGGUAGGAAGACUUGAUCAGAGCUGGACCUGAACGUUACUGGAACAUUUACCUGCUGCAGCCUCUCACCGUUCUGAUGUGCUCUGACAGCACUGAUCACAUCCAGACUAGUGAACCCUGCACUGUUGCUGGUAUUGAUAAUGGAUCAUUGGUUAUUGAUCACUGACAGACACCACAGAGGACCUGAAUGGAAACGUCACGUUUGGUGGACAGCCAUCGUCAUGGAGACGGUUCAGUCAUGUAACUCCUCCGUACCUCAACAGAUCAUGUGUAAUCAAAAUCUCAAUUUCUAUUGAUUAAUUUAUAACUUAUUGGAUGUUUUGGUUGUGGAUGAUUAAAGAGAUGUUCAGCUUUGUAA